AUGAAUAUAUUCCUUGACAAGAUGAAGUUCUGUCGGGAGAUAGUGGGGACAGAAAGGAUGAAGAUUAUUUGUUAUCAUGAUAUGUUGAAGGCUGAGUACCGAGAAUUUAUAAAUCCCUCUAAGUGUGAAACGUUAAAUGAGCUAAUAAAUUGGGCAAGGGAUAGAGAGAUCGAGCUAAAGACACAAAUUGAACGAGGUGAGAAAAGGCCAACGGAAAAACCUACCAACCCAAGCCCAUCAGAGAAGGCAAAGUAUCAAGACCAUGGAAAAAAGGAGAAGUCGAAAAGUGGAAUCCCGAGUUGUAAAACUUGCGGGAAGCUCCACAAGGGCGAAUGCUUAUUCGGUAAGAAGGGUUGUUACAAUUGCGGAAAGGAAGGCCAUCUGUAUUACAAAUGUCCCAACAAUCCAAAGACUUGUUAUAAUUCUUUUCAACCGGGACACAUUAAAGCAGAAUGCCCAAAACUCCAAGGGGCAAAAAGGGAAGGAAAGAAAGAGGAGUCGACUAAAGCACGAGGAAGGAUGUUUCAAAUGACAUCUGAUGAAGCUAAAACUCACCCGGAAGUUGUCUCAAGUAUAUUUCUAGUUAAUUCAAUACCUGUGUAUGUGUUAUUUGAUUUCGGGGCUAGUAGAUCGUUUGUUUCAAAUGAAUUAUUGCAUCACCAUUCCUUUGUGAUUGAAAAGAUGCUAACGCCCCUAGAAGUAGAAAUGGCUGAUAGUAAAAGUUACUUAUUACACGAAGUAUGCAGAAACUUUAAGAUUUUGAUAGAUGAUGAAGAAUUUAAUAUCGAUCUUGUUCCGAUGGUUUUGGGAGAAUUCAAAGUUGUUGUAGGUAUGGAUUGGUUAGCCCAAAACCAUAUGGAGAUCCAAUGUGAGAAUAAAGUUAUUCAUGUGAUGACACCCGGUGGCAAAUAA